AUGCGGGCUCGUCGACGUGGUGAGAGACCGCACACAGCGCAAAUUCCGAACAUGACCGAAGCGAUUUUACCGAUAUCACCCAGCGUCGCAGAAGAGAAGUCUUCGCCGAUGAUCUUGACAGCUUCAAACACUGUCCCCGAUGAGAAGCCAUCCAGAGGAGCGAAAUCGUCAAACCGAGACGAAGCCGCUGAAGUGAAGCCAUUCAGAGGAGAAGAAACUACCGAAGAGAAAUUGUCCGAAGGGGAAGAAGCCGCUGAAGAGAAGCCGUCACCGCGUGUUGACAACGUGGUCGAUCUCACUUUGACCGACCAAGAGGAAAGCGAUGACGCCUUUGGUCGUGCAGGCCUUGGCACCUCCACCAGCAGCAGCGACAGUGAAACGGAGUGGCGACCGACAGCAUCUUUGGCAGCUCCACCGGUGUAUGACAUCCGUCGCAUCACGCACUCGUACAGGGGGAACGGUCGCCGACUAUCCGUCGUUAAUUGGGUGGACACCGAGGAACCAGCCAGUAACUUGCCGCACCGCAUGGUUCCUGCCUUCGAACGUCGACGACGCGCUCUAGUUCGGCGCACCUUCAUCGAGGAUGAGGCAGGAGGUGGUCGCUCUACCGCUCGGCGUCUUCGUUGA